UAAAGGCAAAAGUCCACAGCAGGCGGACCGAGGGUGGGGCGGAGGAAAGGAACCGCUUGGGGGCACUGGGAAGCUAGGGGUACUCCAGAGGGAAAGCAGGGAUACUGGCUAGCCAGUAAAGGCGAGGAGGAGCGAAGGCGAGGGGAGGAGGCGCGGUGGGAGGAGGAGUAGAAGACAAAAGCCGAAAGCGAGGAGGGCGCCGACCGCACACUGCGGCCGGGAGAGGGACCGUCUGUGCUGUGAGCCGCUGGCGCCCGGAGGCUGUAGCGCACGGGGCAUCCGGGUGGACAGGCAGCAUGGGGAAGGGAGGUAACCAGGGUGAGGGGAGCACGGAGCUCCAGGUUCCGAUGCCUACCUUCCGCUGGGAGGAGAUUCAGAAGCACAACCUGCGCACCGAUCGGUGGCUCGUCAUCGACCGCAAGGUCUAUAACGUCACCAAAUGGUCCAAGCGGCACCCGGGGGGCCACCGGGUCAUCGGACACUAUUCAGGAGAAGAUGCUACGGAUGCCUUCCGUGCCUUCCACCUGGACCUUGACUUCGUGGGCAAGUUCUUGAAGCCUCUGCUGAUUGGUGAGCUGGCCCCAGAAGAGCCCAGCCUGGACCGGGGCAAGAGCUCUCAGAUCACUGAGGACUUCCGGGCCCUGAAGAAGACUGCCGAGGACAUGAACCUGUUCCAAACCAACCACCUGUUUUUCUUCUUCCUCCUGGCCCACAUCAUUGUCAUGGAGAGCAUCGCCUGGUUCAUCCUCUCGUACUUCGGCAAUGGCUGGAUUCCAACCCUCAUCACUGCCUUUGUCCUUGCUACCUCUCAGGCCCAAGCUGGAUGGUUGCAGCAUGAUUAUGGCCACCUUUCUGUCUACAAGAAAUCCAGAUGGAACCACAUUGUCCACAAGUUUGUCAUUGGCCACUUAAAGGGUGCCUCAGCCAACUGGUGGAACCAUCGCCAUUUCCAGCACCAUGCCAAGCCCAACAUCUUCCAUAAGGACCCAGACAUAAAGAGCCUGCAUGUGUUUGUCCUUGGCGAGUGGCAGCCCCUUGAGUACGGCAAGAAGAAGCUGAAAUACCUGCCCUACAACCACCAGCAUGAAUACUUCUUCCUGAUUGGGCCGCCGCUGCUCAUCCCCAUGUACUUCCAGUACCAGAUCAUCAUGACCAUGAUUAGCCGCAGGGACUGGGUGGACUUGGCCUGGGCCAUCAGCUACUAUGUGCGUUUUUUCUACACCUACAUCCCUUUCUAUGGCAUCCUGGGAGCCCUGGUUUUCCUCAACUUUAUCAGGUUCCUGGAGAGCCACUGGUUUGUGUGGGUCACACAGAUGAACCACAUCGUCAUGGAGAUUGAUCUCGAUCACUACCGGGACUGGUUCAGCAGCCAGCUGGCAGCCACCUGCAAUGUGGAACAGUCCUUCUUCAAUGACUGGUUCAGCGGGCACCUCAACUUCCAGAUUGAACACCACCUCUUCCCCACCAUGCCACGGCACAACUUGCACAAGAUCGCUCCACUAGUGAAGUCUCUCUGCGCCAAGCACGGCAUCAAGUACCAGGAGAAGCCACUGCUGAGGGCCCUGCUGGACAUUGUGAGUUCCCUGAAGAAGUCUGGGGAGCUGUGGCUGGAUGCUUACCUCCAUAAAUGACACAGCAGUCCUUGGGCCACCCUCGGGGAUGGGCACAGUUGGGGUAAUGGCCAGAGGGAGGGGAGGGCUUUUGUUCUGAAGGGUUCUCAUGAGACUGAA